AUGUCUGCUCAAACCCUUACUCGUGCGGAGGUGGCCAAGCACAACACCGAUGACUCCCUCUGGUGUAUCAUCGACCACCGCGUCUAUGACCUGACUGACUUCGUGGACGCCCACCCCGGUGGCAGCGUCGUGCUCGCCCAAGUUGCUGGCCAGGAUGCCACCGCGGAAUUCUACAACCUGCACCGGCAAGAGGUCCUCGAGAAAUAUCGCGACCAGCUGUGUAUCGGCACCAUCGAAGGCGAGAAACCUGAAGUCAUCGAGCCCAAACCAGGCGCCGUGAGCCCUGUCCCCUACGCCGAGCCUAUGUGGCUGCGCCCGCAGUUCAAGAGCCCCUACUACAAAGACAGCCACCGUCGGUUGCAGAAGGCCAUCCGCGAGUUCACAGACCGAUAUGUGACACCAGAGGCACAGGAGAAGGAGAGAGACGGCACAUAUAUCAGCCAGGAGUUGAUCGAUCGCAUGGCAGAGACGAACAUUCUGGCGAUGCGAUUAGGUCCCGGAAAGCACCUGCACGGUCGCUCGUUGCUCGGGGGUGUGGUGGACGGGAAGGAAUUCGAUUAUUUGCACGACCUGAUUGUCACACAAGAGUUGGUGCGGGCGAAUGCGCGUGGCUUCCAGGAUGGGAACAUGGCCGGUAUGGCUAUCUCCCUCACGGCGGUCCAGCAGUGGUUGCGGGAUCCCGCGCUCAAGGAGCGCCUCAACGCCGAGGUUCUGUCGGGCCAGAAGAAGAUGUGUCUGGCCAUCACCGAGGCCUUCGCGGGCUCCGAUGUGGCGGGCCUCAAGACCACCGCCGAGAAAACCCCCGAUGGGAAAUACUACAUCGUCAACGGUACCAAGAAAUGGAUUACCAACGGCAUGUUCGCCGACUAUUUUGUCACCGGAUGUCGAACUGAAAAGGGCUUCUCCGUACUCCUGAUUCCACGCGGCGAGGGUGUUGAGACCAAGCAGAUCAAGACAUCCUACUCUACAGCCGCUGCGACCGCAUUUGUGCAGUUCGAGAACGUCAAGGUCCCGGUCCAGAACUUGCUUGGCGAGGAGCACAAGGGAUUCAUUGUGAUCAUGAGCAACUUCAACCACGAGCGAUUUAUGAUGACCGCCGCAGUGGUUCGUAUGUCGAUGACAAUCGUUGAGGAAUGUCUGAAAUGGUGCAACCAGCGCAUCGUCUUUGGCAAGUCGCUGGUCGAACAACCAGCGAUCCGUCAGAAGCUCGCCCGUAUGAUCUCUUUGACAGAGUCCAACCAAGCCUGGCUGGAGUCUAUCGCCUAUCAGAUGUGCAACAUGUCGUACGCCCAACAAUCUCUGCACCUGGGAGGUCCGAUCGGUCUCCUCAAGUCGCACGCCACGCGCGCUGCGCAGGAGAUCGCAGACCACUCAACUAACAUCUUUGGUGGACGGGGCCUUACUCAGACAGGUAUGGGCAAGGUCAUUGAGAUGUUCCAUCGCACCUACAAAUUCGACGCUAUCCUAGGCGGGACCGAGGAGAUUCUGGCCGAUCUGGGCGUGCGCCAGGCGAUGAAGAAGUUCCCCAAGGCAAUGCUGUAG